AUGGACAUCAGAAUGUUUGUUAGUGGCAGAAGAGUCAAAAAAUGGCAGUUUGUUCAGUUAUUUGCCACUUGUUUUAUACUAAGCUUACGUUUUUUUUGGGGACUGAAUGAUAAUCCAAUAGUGAACCAUAUGAAGUCCUACUCUUACAGAUACCUCAUAAAUAGCUAUGACUUUGUGAAUGAUAGCCUGACUCUUAAGCACAGCCCAGAGGGGGCUACCAGCUACCAGUACUUGAUUAACCACAAAGAAAAGUGUCAAGCCCAAGAUGUCCUGCUUUUACUGUUUGUAAAGAGUGCUCCUGAAAACUACGGCCGUCGUUCUGCAAUUAGAAAAACAUGGGGCAAUGAUAAGUAUGUUCGAUCUCAACUUAAUGCCAACAUCAAAACUCUGUUUGCCUUAGGAACUCCUUCUAAUCCACUGAAGAGAGAAGAAAUGCAAAGAAAACUGGAACUGGAAAACCAAAUGUACAACGAUAUAAUUCAGCAAGACUUUGUUGAUUCUUUCUACAAUCUUACUCUUAAAUUACUUCUGCAGUUUAGGUGGGCAAAUACAUUUUGUCCACAUGCCAGAUUCCUUAUGACUGCAGACGAUGAUAUAUUUAUUCACAUGCCAAAUCUUAUUGAAUACCUUCAAAGUUUAAAACAAAUUGGUGUUCAAGAUUUUUGGAUUGGCCAUGUUCACCGUGGUUCUCCUCCCAUCAGAGACAAAAGCAGCAAAUACUACGUCUCCUAUGACAUGUACCAGUGGCCAGCUUACCCUGACUAUACCGCUGGAGCUGCCUAUGUGAUCUCCAGUGAUGUAGCCGCCAAAGUCUACGAGGCAUCACAGACACUUAACUCUAGUCUUUACAUAGACGAUGUGUUCAUGGGCCUCUGUGCCAAUAAAAUGGGGAUAGUACCACAAUCCCAUGUGUUUUUUUCUGGGGAAGGUAAAACUCCUUAUCAUCCUUGCAUCUAUGAAAAAAUGAUGACAUCUCAUGGACACGUACAAGACCUUCAGGACCUUUGGCAGGAUGCCACGGAUGCUAAAGUAAAAACAAUUUCAAAAGGUUUUUUUGGUCAAAUUUACUGUAGGUUAAUUAAGAUAGUUCUCCUUUGCAGAGUGUUCUAUGUCAACACUUAUCCUUGUUCGGCUGCAUUUGCCUAA